CACAGAAAGAAAGUAAAUAUUAUUCAAAGAAGGGACCUAGUUUUUUUUCUUCUCAAUCUCUUACAGACCUUCAGAUCUUAAGCGAUGAAGUUCGAUGUAUUCCUCAGUUUCAGAGGAAUCGACACCCGAAGAACUUUCGUUAGCCAUCUUCUCCUUGCACUGUUUAAAAAGCAGUUCAAGACUUUCAGACAAGAAGAAGAGAUGCCAUGGAAUCAACCAGCUUCCACUCAAGUGCUCGAGGCAAUUGAAAACUCCAAAAUAGCGAUCGUGGUCAUAUCGAAGAACUACACUGCUUCAGUCUCGUGCCUCGACGAACUGGCGAAGAUAGUCGAGUGUGAGGAGAAACAGUCGCUGGUGAUGAUUCCAGUCCUACACGAGGUGGAUCCUUCAGAUGUUCUAGGGCAAGCACACAAUCUUGAUGGAGAUAAAAACAACAACUGGGAGACGGUGGAGAGAUGGAGUAACGCACUGGCCAGUAUGAUUAAGACCUAUCAACAAGUAUACUCUCAUUGGGAGGAUGGAGACUCAAGUGAGGAUGGAGACACAGACGCUUUCAUUAUUUUUAGAGUUAUGCUCCAGGUUUCGAAACGUUUGAAACCACCACCCGCGAAAAUGGCAGAGGCUAUGUAUUAUUGUCACUGGACGAAACCUGAAAAAACUGGAUUUCUCACCAAAGGGAUCAUGCUUGUUAGAGCUGCUUUCAGGAAGAUAGCUGGGAGAAUUAUGUAUGCAGAAAAGCUUAUUAGUGUCGUCAACUCUAGUACGCCUGCAAGGAGCCCUGCGUACGUGCAAAAAGAGAAGUAUGUUACGGGCAACGAGUUGUCUCAAUUGGUUCCAUCUAUUGAUUUCGAUAGCCUUGUUGGGAUGGAUAGGCAAAUGAAAGCAGUGGACGCACUGCUGCUUAAUAUGGAUUCCGAAGAAGACGGACUUGGAGAAAUGGGCAUUUGUGGUGGGGAAAGAGUUGGCAAAACAACACUUGCGAGAUGUGUUUACCAAAAGAUCUCACCACAGUUUCAAGAUCACUACUACUUUGAGUAUGAAACCGCACACUCUUCUCUGGGAAUUGGUUCAACCUGUUUGCUACAGAAAAUCGCAAGAGCUGGUCUAUCGGAAAAAGUAGCUGUUAGACCGGGUGAAGUUGUCAAAUUGGAGUUAGAGAGAUUCGAUGAACUUGUGAAUGCCAAUCUUGGACAUCGGAAGGUUUUGCUUAUUGUAGAUAUCCAUCUCUAUGCCACUGGCCAACUCGAAAAUAUCAGAAACAUUGCUCGUCGGUUUGGUCCAGGGAGUAGACUGAUAUAUGUCACCCAGUCCAAUCGUGUGCUACUCAAGUGUGGAGUCAAACACCUCUACAAAGUUGAGACUCUAAGAUAUGAUGAAGCUCUUCAGCUCUUUUCACAAUAUGCCUUCAAACAGGAACACGUCCCUAGGGAGUACUUCCGGCUCUCCAUUCGUGCUGUCCUGAUUACAGGUCGUAUUCCACUGACCCUAAAAGUAUUCGGCUCCUUCCUACGCGGGAAAACCGUCAGUGAAUGGGAAUCCGAGCUAUGUAGACUUGAAGCAUCGCAGGAUAACUGCGUUGCAAAAAUUGUGCAUCGUUGUUUUAUGGUCACUACUUAUGAGUUCUUGAAGCCGCUUUCGUCCCAUGACAGGCAGGCCUUACGGAGAAUCCGUAAGUAGCUGACUAAAAUGUGGCUUUGCCUUUCUGUUUUUUUUUUCUUGUUCUUGGCCAUGUAAGGAAGGUAUUAAACUCUUUUCCUUGUAAAUAAAGAACUUUUAAUC